AUGAGCUCCUCUAUUUCUCAGACCGAAACAAUUUCCCAUGUUGUUUCUUCUCUCCCAGGAACCAUUUUCACAACAAACCCUUCGAAGACUGUAAGUCCAGACUCCUUUACUUCAUACAUAUCAAGCUCGAUUCCAAACAAUGUCAAGCUUUUUAAAUUGAUCGAGUCAAACGAUCCUUUGGAUUUGAUCUAUGAUUACAUCUCCUCUGAGAGAGACGAAUCCUUUUCAUUGACUGUCACAACAAACUCGAAUAUUGUAUUGUCUUCGUUGCCUGUUUUGAAAAAGUUCAGCAACUUUCCAAUUGUUUUUCAUGUCGAGUUAAUUGACUCGAAUUACCAAGUUUUAACUAGUUUAAAAGAUUUGAAUAACUUUAUUAUACUAAACACUUUGAAUUCCAUAGACUCUCACGAUAUAUCCAUAGCAUCCUAUGCAAUUGCUAAAGUCUUGAACAAACCGGUUAUACAUUUUUUUAAUCCCAAUUCUGAUACUAGUUCGAAUAACAAAUUCGACUUAUCUCCCAAACCAAGUGUUUUAAACAUUACUCAUCAGAUCAUCGAUUCUUUUUCCUCCAGUGGAAAAGAAAAUGAACAACAAGAGACCUCAGAAAACAAAGAUCUUGAAAACCCAGCUUUGAAGAAGAACGAUUCAAUUGUCAUUUAUACUGCAUUUCAAAUUCUCAAAAAGAAAUUUAACAGAUCUUAUUCAUUUUUCGAAUCAUCUGCUUCAAUAAAUUCAGCUACAACUGAUAUAUUUCUAAUUUUAGGCAGCUUAUAUUCAGCCUUGUCAAAUAAUUUCAACAAACUUAUUGUUCCAGUGUUUAUCAGAGUUUAUAGACCAUGGUCCGUUGAUGAUCUCAAAAAGAUAUUGUCUUCCUCCUUUAACAACUCCUUAAAUUUGUCUUUAAUUACACAAUCGCAAUGGCAAGCCUUUUCAAAUUAUUCUCCUCUACUAUUAGAUCUUUUUUCAAAUAUCGAAUCUUUUAACCCAACUGAUUUUUUUAAAAAAAUUGUUUCUUACAAUCUCAAAUCAAUAAAAAAUGACAAAAAUUCAACUAAUGAAUUCGUUUCCCAGGUUAUUUCUAAUAACAAUCUUCCCAAGCCUGUUCAAAACUUAUCCUUAGGCUCUUCAUCUUCCACUGCUUCUAACAAAAAUCAAUUGUCUAAUUUAGCUGUUGCUGAAAAAGUCACUUCUUUAGAAAACUUAACCUAUGUUAAAUUACUAAAGCAAGUAUUUUCAGAUUCUUUGGAAGUCAUUAAUUCCUUCAAUUUAGCCGAAGUGGGUUCAAUUUCUACUCCUGAAUUUGGUUAUGGUAAAUUUUUAAGGAACGAAGAAAAUCGAAAAGUUCUAAUAAAUUUGAUUCAGUCCAUAGUCCAUAGUGACUCAUCGGCCAAUAAUUCCAUCAAAGUUGAUUUUGAUAGUUCCACUAAACAAGAACUAAUUCAAUUAUUAACAAGAUGGUUAAUUUUAAGUAUAACCAAAGUCAGAAAAUUCGAUUUUUGGAGUGAAAUUAAUGAUAUUUCUAGAAAAGUCAUUGCUUUAUUAAAUAAAGACAUAUUUUCAAGUACUGCAACUAAAAUCCUUGAAUAUAAACACUAUUUCUUCUUUAAUUAUCAGUGGAUUAUUGGUUCGGAUUUAUGGGCGUAUGAUAUUGGUUCUUCUGGUUUACACAAUGUUUUAAAAUCAGAUAAAAAUAUCAAUUUAAUGAUUAUCGACAACACUCCUUUCAGUUCAAAAAAAGAACAGGUGGAAUGUUUAACUCAAAAAAAGAAAGAUAUUGGUCUUUAUGCUAUGAAUUACGGCGGUUGUUAUGUUGCAUCAAUUGCUAUUUAUGCGUCAUAUACUCAAUCUUUAGAAUCUUUAAUUGAAGCUGCUAAUUUUCAAGGACCCUCCAUUGUUUUGGCUUAUUUACCCUUUGAAAAUGAGAAUGUUAAUACUUUAGAUAUUCUCAAAGAAACUAAAAGAGCUGUUGAUGCUGGCUAUUGGCCUCUUUAUCAUUUUGAUUCUUCAGCAAUUGACGACGAUCAGCAAUUUCAACUAGAUUCACCUAAAAUUAAAAAAGAUUUGGAAGAUUUUCUUGAUAGAAAUAACAAACUUACUCUAUUAGCAAAAAGAAAUCCUGUUUUUAAACGUUCAAUAGCUCAAAAUUCAUUAGGUGAAAAUGUUGGCUAUGCUUUGAAAGAUUCAACAAAAAAUGCAUUUGGUGAUUUGUUGAAAGGGCUAUCUGGUCCAAAUUUAACCAUUGCUUUUGCUUCUGAUGGAGGAAAUGCUGAAUCAUUGGCUAGGAGACUUAAUAACCGGGCAACUGGAAGAAAUUUCGGCAGUAAAGUUAUAUCAAUGGAUGAAAUAUCAGUUGAUGAAUUAAUAUCUUAUGAAAAUUUAAUUUUAAUAUCUUCAACAUCUGGUCAAGGUGAAUUCCCACAAAACGGUAAAGCAUUUUGGGAUCAAUUAAAGGGAUCGAGUAAUUUAGAUUUGAAUGGGCUUAAUUUUUCUGUUUUUGGUUUGGGUGAUUCUGAAUAUUGGCCCAGAAAGGAAGAUAAAAAAUACUAUAACAAACCAGCAAAGGAUAUGUAUGGAAAACUUAAAUUAUUCGGUGCCAAUGAAAUUGCUCCAUUAGGUCUUGGUGAUGAUCAAGAUGCAGAUGGCUAUCAAACUGGAUAUAAUUUGUGGGAGCCAAUAAUUUGGGAAUUUUUUGGUGUUACAAAUGCAGGUAAUUAUCAAGAAGCUGCACCAAUCACUAAUGAAGAUAUGAAGCUUGCUUCGGAUUUUCUUAGGGGUACAAUUGUUGAGGGUCUUAAUGAUGAAAGUACUGGUGCAAUUUCAGCCACGGAUCAACAAUUGACCAAAUUUCAUGGAAUUUAUAUGCAAGAUGAUAGAGAUAUUCGAGAACAACGUAAAGCUGAGGGGUUGGAACCAGCUUAUGCUUUUAUGAUCAGAGCUCGUCUUCCAGGUGGUACAUCAACUCCAGAACAAUGGUUAAAAAUUGAUGAGUUAAGUGAUAGUAGAGGUAAUGGCACAUUUAAAAUCACUACUAGAGCUACAUUUCAAUUACAUGGAGUUGUUAAACAUGAUUUGAAACCAGCCAUUAGAGGUAUCAAUUCAACAUUGAUGGAUACAUUAGGAGCAUGUGGUGAUGUGAAUAGAAAUGUGAUGGUUAGCGCAUUGCCAGAGAAUCAAAAAGUGCAUAAACAAAUUGCUGAAACAGGUACCAUAAUCUCUGAGCAUUUGCUACCACAAACAACUGCAUACCAUGAAAUUUGGCUUGAAGGUGCCGAUGAAUCAGAUAAAGUGAAUAAACCUGAGGUGUGGCAAAAUAGAAAAGAUGGACCAAAAAAGAAAAAAGUGAUGGUUGCAGGAAACGCACUAGUUGAUCAAGAACCAUUUUAUGGCAAUAAUUCGUUAUAUUUACCAAGAAAGUUUAAAGUUAGUAUUUGUGUUCCACCUUAUAAUGAUGUUGAUGUUUACUCAAACGAUGUUGGAUUGAUUGCAAUUGUUGAUUCCAAGAGCAAUGUGUUGGGUUAUAAUGUUUUAGUUGGUGGUGGUAUGGGUACUACACAUAAUAAUAAAAAGACAUAUCCAAGAACUGGAUCAUCAUUUGGAUUUGUUGAUUAUGACGAUAUUAAAGUUGUUGUUGAAAAAAUUAUGUUGAUUCAAAGAGAUUUUGGGGACCGUAAGAACCGUAAACAUGCCAGAUUAAAAUACACCAUUGAUGAUAUGGGAGUUGAUGUAUAUAAAUCCAAGGUGGAAGAAUUAUGGGGUAAAAAGUUCCAGAAAGAAAGAGAGUUCAAAAUUGAGUCUAAUAUCGAUCAUUUUGGAUGGACCAAAGAUGAAACUGGAUUAAACCAUUAUACAUGUUUCAUUGAAAAUGGUAGAGUGGAAGACACAGUGGAGUUGCCACAGAAAACCGGAUUGAAAAAAAUUGCUAAAUAUUUGUUGACAGCCAGCUCAGGUAGUUUCAGAUUGACAGGAAACCAACACAUUAUAAUUUCCAACAUCCUUGAUAGAGAUGUGAGUAGGGUUGAAAAAUUGAUGAAGAAAUAUAAAUUGGACAAUUCUAAUUUUUCGGGGUUAAGAAUUUCGUCAGCAGCUUGUGUCGCAUUUCCCACUUGUGGGUUGGCAAUGGCAGAGAGUGAGAGAUACUUACCAGUGAUAAUAACAAAGCUAGAGGAGGCAUUGGAGGAAUAUGGAUUGAGACAUGAUUCUAUAGUGAUGAGAAUGACCGGAUGUCCAAAUGGAUGUUCCAGGCCUUGGUUGGCAGAAAUUGCAUUGGUUGGUAAGGCGUAUGAUACGUAUAAUUUGUUGUUGGGUGGUGGCUACCAUGGACAGAGAUUGAACAAGUUGUAUCGAUCCAAUGUGAAAGAAAAGGAGAUUCUCAAGAUAUUGAAGCCAUUGUUCAAGCGUUGGUCUUUGGAGAGACACCAGGGGGAGCAUUUUGGGGACUUUUUGAUUCGAGCCAAGGUGAUCAUGCCCACCACCGAAGGAAAGUAUUUCCACGACGACGUCCCAGCAGAACCGUAG